CGUAUAAAUGAACCGGUGGAGCAUCUGUACCUUGCAUUCCCAAACACAAGUGGACGCGUUCUUGUUUUCGUAGUCGGCGGACUUUGCAAUUAUCAUGUCGUCGCCAAGGUACCCCAUCACCAUUCGUUUAACAGGAGUGAUGGAGAAGGACAAGAAAAAAAUGUACAUCACCUCGGUGCUUUGGUCGGACGAGGAAGAGAUUGUCAUCUACAGGACUGUUGAGGACUUCAAGAAAAUGCAUAAGCUGAUAAAGAAAGCCUUCCCCGGCACAAAGAAAUCAGAAAGAAUCGUGCCUAAGUUUAAAGUCACAAAGAAGGCCAAAGCAGGGCAGAAGAACGGCCCCUCCAAGUCCCUGAACUACCUGAAGCCCUUGCAAAGGUACUGCAAUGAAUUGCUGAGCUGCGAUCCGCAGGUCAACCAGUCGGUGCACCUCAUCCAGUUUCUCCACCCCAAAAACGAGGAGCUGCAGCCAGAGUACUCCAGGAACGGCGUCAUAAUCAAGCCCCCUGAAACCCAAACCCAACAAGAGCAAGUCUUUACCAAGGGCAGCAACGUGACCCAGCCCUUUUCCACGGAGACUUACAGGUGUGUGGCCCCCUACGAGACCAAGGACACCAAGAACAAGCCCUUCAAAGUGGUGGUGGAUGAAAAAGUCGACGUGCUCAUCAAGGACAAAGCAGGCUGGUGGCUUGUGGAGAAUGAAGACAAGUGCAUGGCCUGGUUUCCUGCUCCGUACCUGGAGAGGACGGACGAUGAACCGGAGGAAGACAACAUUGAUGGACUUCCGGAAAGAGGAUUGUUUUACACCGUUACCAAAAGCUACAAAUCCAACAAAGAUGACGAAAUAACAGUGAGCAUCGGUGCCUCGGUGGAGGUCCUGCAGAAGUCCGAAAACGGCUGGUGGCUCAUCAGAUACAAUGGCAAGGCCGGCUACAUCCCCAGCAUGUUCCUGAAGCCCCCAAGCCACAUCCGCAUGGGGGGAGGCCACCACGGGCACAGCAGCCCCAUUCUUCUGUCCCCGACCAAUCUGGCAGUGCAGGCACAGUCCAUGAGCCACUCUCAGGAAACAAUACAAUCGAUCCCCAGCGGGCGUGGCUCACAUAACCCCCGACCCCUGACCAGGCAAUUGUCUAGAUCCCUCGAGGUCCUCAGCCCACCCGUGUCCACUAGUCCCGCCGCCAAGCCGACACCCUCCAUCUCACUUCCCAAGCCGAAACCUGUCCCACCCGCCAAUACAAGACGUGCCCCAUCUCCUGAUCCAAGACACACCCCAUCGCCCGGUGCAGGACACACCUCACUUCCCAAUCCAGGACGCAGCUCACCUACAAAUCGAGGACACGCCUCGCCUUCCAGUCCAGGACGCAGCUCACCUCCCAAUCCAGUACAGAGCUUACCUCCCAACCGAGGACACGUCUCACCUCCCAAUGCAAACUACGUCCCUACGCCCAUCAUCUUGGUGGAGAAUGAGGACAUGAACGAUCUUCCCCUGAGCCUGACCAUGGACAGCGAGGACGACUUCACAAGCGACAGCGACUUCAGCAGCGACGAAUACAAUUCAUCCUCGGCCAGUACAACAAUCAGCCUGAGCAUGAGCACAGACAAUUACCGAAUGCGCCACAGCCGCACCCCUCCGCCACCAUCUAGGAACAUACUGGACCCACAAAGCGCAACAGGGGGCAAAAUGAUGCCCGCCGUCUCUGACCCAAACAUCUUCAAGAGCGUCUCGGCACCCAAGGUGCCGCCCAGGCCGCAGACCGAGGAGAUUCUCAGUCGUUGCACAACCAUCACCCGCAAGAACGUAAACAGAUCUCCCAGCCCGACACCGACUCCCAUACAGACUCGGUAGAAGAAGCCAACAUUGGACAAUUUUGAUCAAACAACUACAAUGCGGAAGAAGUCACACCAACACGUCGACUUCUCAAACAAACUUGUUCAAAUGUAUUUAUCGUAUUAUACUAAAAAGAUGGCUCGCUCCAUUGCAGCUAAGGACCAUCACAGACGCUCAAGUCUUUCCAGUCUUGUCAGGGUAUAUUUUCUGUACUGGAAAACCUUUGUUGUGCUUUAUGCAUUUUCACAUAGAGCUCAUUUAUACCCAAAGGUACUUGGCAUGUGUUACGAAUGCUUGAAAUAGACUGGCUGUGUUGUGGUUUGUUUGCUUGGAACGAAAUAAAAACAUGGUGAUGAAAUGCA